GUUGUGUCGAAAGCAUCCUGGAAUUAGCAGCUAGCUAUCCUCUGACAAUAAAUACAAUGUGAGGUGCAAAUAUCUUCAUCAUGGGCGAAUCAUUAUCUCGAAUCUAGUGGAGACAAAGAAGAUAAGGAACUACAUAAACUGGCAUUUUCCAACAUGGUCUGAUAGGUGGUAUCUGAAGAGGCCAGUUGACAUAGCGAACUAAACAUUAGCCUUAGCGAACGUUCAAACUUUGACGAGCAACAGCAGCAAUUCGCUAGCUAGCUGCUAGUUUGUAAAUGUACUGCUACCACACCAGCUAGCUAUGUAACGUCCUCUUAUUGUAGCAGUUAUGCUAACUACCUAGCGAUGCAGCUGUUUACACAAUGACCAACAACAUGUUAUUUUGACCAGUCAUUCAUUUAAAACUAGCGUUAACGUUAUUACCAAGUAACGUCAGCCAACUUAUGAAUAAUGACUAACGCUACUGUUAAGCAGCUAAUGCUAACGCUAGCCACUUAAACUGUGCAAAUUAUAUUGAGACUGUAACUAACCUACACAGUUAAUCAAAAUCAGUUUUGAUGAUCUUUCUAUGAGCCGAGAGAGUAAUAAAGCGACCAUCUAGUAAACAUCUGGAAUCUGAAUAGCUACACGUCUGUGUUUUUUGAUUGAUUUCGGCCAGUCACAUGAGAUAAAUAAUGCGAAACACCAGGAUGUCAAAGGCGUCGAGAUUACCGUUAGGGCAGCAGUAUUGUCUGGAACGCACAGCUGUCCGCUCAUUCAUAUAAUCCUUAUAUUUUUCACAAUGCAGCCACAAUAUAUUUUUUAAAUUGUCGAGCGUGUGGUGCUACAUUUCGUACAUACGAAAACAUUUGGCUACCCAGUUGGUCUCAAAGCAGUCCGUGUAGGCUGUAGUCUACUUUUCUUUGAGUUAUGCCUGGGGACGCAUCUGGUAGUAGUGAUGACUCCGAUGCAAAAACAAAUGAAAAGGCCUGUACCGUCAAGCAUCAAAUCACCAAUGCUAACCUCACAGGUCACACUGAGAGGGUCGGCAUGGAGAACUUUGAGCUGCUCAAAGUCUUGGGCACCGGAGCUUAUGGGAAAGUGUUUUUGGUCAGGAAGAACAGCGGCCACGAUGCAGGCCAGCUAUAUGCUAUGAAGGUGUUAAAGAAAGCAGCUAUUGUGCAAAAGGCAAAGACAACAGAACAUACCCGCACUGAGAGGCAGGUGCUCGAGCACAUCCGCCAGUCUCCCUUCCUGGUCACGCUCCACUAUGCCUUUCAGACGCAGAGCAAACUACAUCUCAUCCUGGACUAUGUGAGUGGCGGGGAGAUGUUCACUCAUUUGUACCAGCGGGAUCACUUUCCUGAGGAGGCGGUGCGGAUUUAUAUCGGGGAAAUAAUCCUGGCUCUGGAGCACCUGCACAAGCUUGGGAUUGUGUAUCGAGACAUCAAAUUGGAAAACAUUCUUUUAGACAGUGAAGGCCAUGUGGUAUUGACAGAUUUUGGGCUUAGCAAAGAGUUUCUGGAAGAAGAGAAGGAAAGGACUUACUCUUUCUGUGGCACCAUUGAGUAUAUGGCGCCUGAAAUCAUCAGGGGGAAGGCGGGGCAUGGCAAGUCAGUAGACUGGUGGAGCCUUGGGAUCCUGAUGUUUGAGCUCCUGACAGGAGCAUCCCCUUUUACCUUGGAGGGAGAAAGGAACUCCCAGAGUGAGGUGUCAAAGCGUAUUUUGCGCUGUGAUCCACCGUUCCCCUCUAUGAUUGGACCAACUGCUCAGGACCUGCUGAAGAAGUUGUUGGUGAAAGAUCCCCACAAGAGACUGGGCUCUGGACCACGAGGCGCUGAAGACAUCAAAGCACAUUCCUUCUUCAAGGGACUGAACUGGGCUGACUUAGCACAGAAGAAAGUGCCAAGUCCAUUCAAACCAGAGCUGAAGAGUGAACUGGACGUGGGAAAUUUUGCUGAGGAGUUUACUGGGAUGGAUCCUGUCUACUCUCCGGCGAGCACGCCUCCAAGCACGGACCGCCUGUUCCAGGGUUACUCCUUUAUUGCACCCUCCAUCCUGUUCAAUAAGAACGCAGUCAUGGGAGACUUUGCAGAAACCCAGAUUGGUGCUGAUCGACCAGGUUCAGCCUCUGUCCAACGCAGCGCAAUGUUAGAGGAAUCACAGUUUUUUCAGCACUAUGAGCUGUGUCUUCACGGGCCACCCUUAGGUGAGGGUAGUUUCUCUGUGUGCAGGAAAUGCAGACACAAGCAAAGUGGCCAUGAGUAUGCGGUCAAGAUCGUGAGCCGCAGAAUGGAGGCAAACACUCAGAGGGAGAUUGCUGCUUUAAGGCAAUGUGAGACUCACCCCAACAUUGUCAAGCUGCAUGAAGUCUAUACUGAUCAGUACCACACGUAUUUAGUGAUGGAGCUUCUGCGAGGUGGGGAGUUGCUGGAAAGGAUCAAGAGGAAGAAACUUUUUGGCGAGGCGGAGGCCAGUCAGCUGUUACAGAGUCUGGUCUCAGCUGUCAGCUUCAUGCACGAAGCUGGAGUCGUGCACAGAGACCUCAAACCAGAGAACGUGCUGUUUGCAGAUGAGGGGGCGGACUCUGUGCUUAAAGUAAUAGAUUUUGGAUUUGCCCGCCUGUGCCCUGCAGGCAGCGCCCCCCUGCAGACUCCCUGCUUCACGCUGCAGUACGCUGCACCGGAACUUUUUGAGAGUGCAGGAUACGACAAGGCCUGUGACCUCUGGAGUCUUGGGGUCAUCCUGUACACCAUGCUGUCAGGCCAGGUGCCAUUUCAGAGUGAGCAACGUGGGAUGACCUCAUCAUACGCUGCUGACAUCAUGCAAAAGAUAAAAGAGGGUGAUUUCUCAUUGGAUGGGGAGGCCUGGAAGGGUGUAUCAGAGGAUGCCAAAGAGCUUGUUAAAGGUCUACUGACAGUGGAUCCAGAGAGGCGUCUCAAACUCUCUGAUCUGAAAGAGAACAGCUGGCUGCAGGGUGGAGCGUCCAUGUCCACCACUCCCUUGUGCACUCCAGAUGUGCUAGAGUCCAGUGGCCCUACAGUUCGCACCUAUGUCAAUGCCACCUAUAAGGCUUUCAACCGUGGAAAGAGAGAGGGCUUCUUUCUAAAAAGUGUCGACAAUGCUCCCCUUGCAAAACGACGGAAGCUGAAGAUGACAAGUACAGGUGUAGAGACCCGAUGGAGUUCAUCCUCUUCCUCCUCCUCUUCUUCCACUUCCUCCUCUGCCUCCACAACAGCAUCCAAAUCACAGCCAAAACAAACUGUGACCCCAAAGGAGAGCUAGCCUAGAUAGCAGGGGAGAGAACAGCUGGGAAAUGAAGUGGUAUGUGCUUUUACUGGCACCAUUAAGUCCUCCAGUGGUGAUAGGGUCACUCGUUUUCAGAAAACAUACCAACAAAUCAAAACACUGAUCUAGGUUAGUUUUAAGUUCUCAAUACAAAAUUCAAUUUCACCUUUUAACAGUAAAAAAUCUUCAGUCAUCAUGUCAUAUUUUCCCCAAAACCAAGCAUGUAUUUUCCUCAAGUGGAUGGAAGAGUCGAUGGAGAAAUCUGUGGGCGUUAGAUAAAUUAAUACUUAUUCAGUAUUCACUCACCGUGAUUUGGUGACAUCAUACACUAAAAGUUAAAAAUGAGACAUUUACCUAUUUUCACUGUGGGUAAGAAACAGUGCCUGGCUAUAUAGGGAUAAAGGGAAAAGGAGCCAUAAAUGAGCAGAAGCCAUAUAUACAGAAAAUCAGUGAAUAUAUUAAUUGAGCCGUUGUGAAUACACACAAAUUUGCACAUAGCAAAUAAACAGUCCUUUCAGGAAUAUGCAGACUUAAUUCUUUCUAAACUUUGCCACACGUAUGAUGAUUGGCAGGAAACUGGCAAAAGUUGGGCCACAAGUGCUGUGCCCCAUGUGGGCACUCUGUCCUCUAAAAAUAACAGUUUUGUGAAAACUGUUUCGCUUUUUUUUCAUUUGUUUAGGAUGGGCAGAAAUCUAGCUGUUUGGACUAUUUGCAGAGAAUGUAAAUGUAAAUGGUCAAAUGGUCAAAAAAAGCAAAUUUCUGGAGGGACUGUGCACAGAGGAAAAUACUUGUAGUCUAUAACCUUAGAGAUUGUGUAGGAUGAAUAAUGCUAUGGUCAAAAUCUUCUCUGUUUGGUACAGGUUUAACUGUGUGAUGAUCUGUAGUCCAAAGGGCACCAGCUUUGCAAAGCAGUUGCACCUCCAAUACACUACGAACUCCACAGAUCCCACUGAACACAAUGUGGAGUGCAUGUUUUUGAUAAAUGGCUCUGAGUAAGUGUUUUGAUAAACAAUCAGAGUUUGACUUAAAGUCGUCAUAGUACUAACCAAGUGUCCAACAGUAGCACCUGUAAAAAGAGAUGGAGACACAGAAGCGGUUAUGAUAUACAGUGUGAUUUUCUUGUCAUACUUUGCUGUAAAUUACUUGCAUUAUUGUGCUGGUCUGUAAAUGUCUAGCAUGCUAAAUCUGUUGUGAUGAUAAACUAUAAGAAUGUUUUUCUAUAUUUUGGUAUCUAGGGCUUACUAAGGAAAUGCUACCCAGAAUGUUUUUUAUGCUACAAAGUGCAGCUUGAGUGUUUGCACGCAGACUGGAGUGAAAUCCAUUUUGGUGAUUUUGAGUGUACACUGCCUUGGGCUUGUGAAUUUUAAAAAGGGUAUUACAGUUUUCUGUUGGCCCAUCAGACCAGCGCUGUAUAUGCACCUAGCACAAACACCAUCUUAUUUGAUACAGUGAAAUAUUUUUUGCCCAUCGAUUCGGCUCAGCUUGUUGCUGCAAAGGUCACCCAUUUGUCUUUUUACAGAAGUUUUAAAACAUUGUAUGGCUUGUCGCAGAAUGACACACUUAAUCAUGACUUUAAAAUGGCUCUUUUAAGACCAUCCUGCUAGGUCUGUUUUGUAAAUACUCCUUAAAUCCUUGUAAAUCCUUGAUUAAGAGCAAAAAAUGAUGUAUGUGAUGAUUUUAAAAUUCGACAACUGCUAAUGGCAUAUCAGUGUCCAGAUGUAAUUAUGUUUUUAUUGUUUCUUGUUUUUUUUACAUGUUGCACAGUCAGUUGAUCAAAUAAACACAUUUCAGCUUUAAAGGUGCUUUUACUGAUAUUUAUUACAUGUAAUUGAUUUUAAUGCUGUGGUAAUGGGAUUAUGAUCAUUUGGCUCCUGUUGUGUAUCAGCACCGUGUGUGUGUGUGUGUAUGUGUCUGUGUGAGAGCAUGAGUCGAAGUGGGAGAUUGGUUGUACUGAUAUUUCUGUACCAGAUGAAGCAUUAUUGCAAGUUACUGUAUUAUUUUCUUUUUUUGCCACCUUUGUCUGUUUAAAGUUAACUGGUUGUUUGUGUUUGAACAUUGAAUUUUUACUUAAGAAACUGCUUUUAUUGGUGUUGAAAUUAUUUUGAUGUAGUAAAUGAUAUUUUCCCUUUCUUUUGUUAAGCAUUACUAUUUUACUGAGAUGCACUGUCACUGAUGUCGUAACUGGGAAUUUAUCUUUUGCACCCAGAUUUUUUGGUUGGUGCAAAAUAAACAUUACUUUUAAAUAGAUGGCUCUGC